AAUUUCCUUCCGUCGAUGAGCCUUUCAUACUGCCAAAUCGAUCCAGUCGAGGCGCUUGAGGGACGGGCAACGAGAAUUACUACCGCCAUGGCAGAAGGAGAGAGCAAGUCGCGUUUCAAAAGACAGAAAGUGUCCGACGCCACCGACAACGACCGCGCCAAUCCAUACCUCUCCCACAUGUUCGAAGGCAACGAUGCCGCUGGCGGCCAUGCCAACGGCUACGGCAAUGGCCAGACACAUGACAGCGCAAAAGGUGGCAUGCUGGCCUCGUUCAAGCGACACGCUUCAACGGCCAAGAUGGCAAAGGUGGCGGAAGAUGGCCCGAACAACCCUUUCAAGCAAGGCCACCAGCUCUCCGAACGGUACUUUGGCAUCUUGAAGAAGCGGCGCGACCUCCCCGUUCAUGCCCAGCGUCAAGAGUUCCUCGACAUGUUCCAAAAAUCCCAAAUCUUGGUCUUCGUCGGUGAGACGGGCUCCGGCAAGACCACGCAGAUCCCACAAUUCGUCCUGUACGACGAUCUCCCCCAGCUCAAUGGCAAGAUGGUGGCCUGCACACAGCCCCGAAGGGUGGCGGCCAUGUCUGUCGCUCAACGUGUCGCACAGGAGCUGGACGUGACGCUCGGAGAAGAGGUGGGAUACAGCAUUCGUUUCGAAGACAUGACCAGCCAGAAAACAAUCCUAAAGUACAUGACGGACGGAAUGCUGUUGCGGGAGGCUAUGAAUGAUCACAACCUGUCCCGCUACAGCGUCAUCAUUCUGGACGAGGCUCACGAAAGGACAUUGGCAACCGACAUUCUGAUGGGCCUGCUGAAGGAGGUGGUGGUCCGGCGGCCCGACCUCAAGUUGAUCAUCAUGUCCGCGACAUUGGAUGCCCAGAAAUUCCAGAAAUACUUCUUAAAUGCGCCCCUUCUGGCCGUACCCGGUCGCACACAUCCCGUCGAGAUCUUCUACACUCAAGAACCAGAGCGGGAUUACGUGGAGGCUGCGCUGCGCACCGUUCUGCAGAUCCACGCCACUGAGCCGGAAGGCGACAUCCUUCUCUUCCUUACGGGCGAGGAGGAGAUUGAGGACGCAGUGCGCAAGAUCAACCUGGAGGCCGACGAAAUGAUCCGAGAGGCAGACGCUGGCCCGCUCAAGGUGUACCCUUUGUACGGUACCCUGCCCCCCAUGCAACAGCAACGCAUCUUCGACCCGGCGCCGCCUCCGUUCAAAAAGGGUGGCAGACCUGGGCGCAAGUGCAUCGUCUCGACCAACAUUGCGGAAACGUCGCUCACCAUUGACGGUAUCGUCUACGUGGUUGAUCCCGGAUUCAGCAAGCAGAAGGUGUAUAAUCCACGGAUUCGCGUCGAAUCGCUCUUGGUAUCGCCCAUCAGCAAAGCCUCCGCUCAGCAAAGGGCCGGUCGUGCUGGGCGUACGCGGCCUGGGAAGUGCUUCCGUCUCUACACCGAGGACGCAUUCAAGAAAGAGCUCAUCGAGCAGUCAUACCCCGAGAUUCUCCGUUCCAAUCUCGCUAGUACUGUGCUGGAACUGAAGAAGCUCGGCGUUGACGAUCUCGUCCACUUUGACCUGAUGGAUCCCCCUGCACCAGAGACAUUGAUGCGUGCACUGGAGGAGCUGAACUAUCUCGCCUGUCUCGACGACGAGGGCGAGCUUACGAGACUUGGCCAGCUGGCUUCCGAAUUUCCGCUCGACCCUGCAUUGGCCGUGAUGCUUAUCAGCUCUCCGGAGUUCUACUGCAGCAACGAGAUUCUCUCGUUGACAGCCUUACUCUCCGUGCCGCAGUUAUUCGUCCGUCCCGCAAGCGCUCGCAAGCGCGCAGACGAGAUGAAGGAGCUCUUCGCACAUCAAGAUGGGGACCACCUGACCAUGCUCAACGUGUACCACGCGUUCAAAUCUCCCGCCGCACAAGAGAACCAAAAGCAAUGGUGCCAUGACCACUUCUUGUCCUUCCGAGCUCUCCAGCAAGCCGACAAUGUUCGCCUCCAACUCAAGCGCAUUAUGGAGCGCGAAGAGCUUGAACUCGUCUCCACUCCAUUCGAAGACCGAAAGUACUACGAAAACAUCCGACGUGCACUCGUAGCCGGCUUCUUCAUGCAAGUUGCCAAGAAGGACAACAAGAUCUAUGUCACGGUCAAGGACAAUCAGAACGUGCUUCUCCACCCUAGCACAGUGUUGGGCCAGGAGAGCGAAUGGGUGAUCUACAAUGAAUUCGUGUUGACCAGCAAGAACUACAUUCGCACGGUGACCGCGGUGAAGCCGGAGUGGUUGUUGGAGAUUGGAGAGAAUUAUUACGAUCUGGAUACUUUCAGCAAGGGCGAGGUGAAGACCGCGCUGAUGAGGGUGAGGGACAAGGUGAGGAAGAAACAACUGAUUGCUGGUGGAAGAUAACAGUGAUCAAGGCGGAUGCAUCAGACGGAUUUGCUGCGCGUGUACCGGCGACGCAGUGGACACGAAUAGACUCACUAUACCAUUGACGACCCAAUCACUGUAUUGUUAUAGG